AAACAAAUAAGCAAAUAAGUAUUUUAACUAUUGUCUUUAAAUUUUAAUGUUUAGACUCUAAAGGUAUCCAGGACAAAAGACUGUUUCUUACGCAGGAAACCAGUUAAGAAAAGGAUGUCAUCUUACAUUUAUCCCUCCGUGAAGAAAAGACGAAAAUUUUGUGUUUGUAACAAAAAGAAUGAUGGAAAGACAAGCAAAUACAGGCAAUGUGAAGGGUGCAGUAAUUGGUAUCACCCAGACUGCAUAGGUGUAGCCAAUGCACAGAAGAAUUACUGUAGCAAAGAUUGUGAGGUGGUAGUUAUAAAUGAUGAUGAACAACCCAAUGAUGAAGUUGUAGAACAACCAAAAAGUGAUAGUGAGGAAGAAUUUCAUGGACAUGACAGACAGAAUGAAAAGUUUAUAAAUGAAGUUAUAAAUGAUGAUGAACAACCCAAUGAUGAAAUUGUAGAACAACCAAAUAGUGAUAGUGAGGAAGAAUUUCAUGGACAUGACAGACAGAAUGAAAAGUUUAUACCUGUCAAUUUCAUAAAUUCUCAGUGGGAAAACACCAUUUUAUUUUUGACAGAGAUAUUAUCCUGUGACCAAGAGCACUGCAAAAAAGAAAGUCAUCAAAGACAUCACAUAUUUGAUGAAAACUAUGCAAAUGUUAUUAGGAGAAAACAUUCUUAUGGCGUCAAUUACUUCAAGCCUAAAACUAUAGAACAACUGUGUUUUCGUUUACAAAAGCAUUUCCUGUUUCAAAUGCUGGACCCAAAGUAUCCAGCAACAGGACUAAGAAUCCAGAUGAUGAGGUGUGUACAGACAAAUUCAUGUCUGUACAAGUUAUUCUGCAGAAACCAAACACUAUCACUCAAUUACUCGGCUUAUCUGCUUUUGAAUGAAGCUUUGGCCUUCAUCGUAGCCUGUUACAAGAAUAUAACCUACUUAGAGGCCGAUGAAGGCUGCAGAGAGACAGAAGUGGAAAUUAGGGAUUUGAUCCGUAAAACAAGAAAAAAUUGUGUUUGAAUAUUGACAUUUCAGUGACAGUGUUUGUAUCUGAAGGGCUUCUA